UCCGGUUCAGCCCAGGAACAGCCGGAGCGCUUGGGGCCUUCGCUUUUUAGGCCCUCCCACUUCUCGAAACGCUCCCGCGACUGCCUCGGUCGCUGGGGAAGGUAUUUACCAAUAAAGUUUCACUAUUUCAAAGCCGAGCGGAUUGGGCUGCGUCCAACCGCCUUCCUCUGGCCCGUAGUCCGCCGUUCCUCUCGGCUCCUGGCUUCGAGCUUCAGGCCGUCAUGGCCAGGGGCCGCCGAGGCCGGGCGGGUUUGAGGCCGCCUUUCGCUGCCCACGCACUCGCGUGGCUCCUGGGGCCGCCGGCGUCCACCUCCGUCUGAGCGCAGCCCCUCGGCGCCCACGGGCCGCCUCGCGCCGGGCCCCAUGGCGUCCGAGGCGCCGUCUCCUUCGUUGUCUCCAUCGCCACCCACCUCCCCUGAGCCGGAGCUGGCCCAGUUGAGGCGGAAGGUGGAGAAGUUAGAACGCGAGCUGCGGAGCUGCAAGCGGCAGGUGCGGGAGGUGGAGAAGCUUUUGCACCACACGGAGCGGCUGUACCAGAGCGCCGAGAGCAACAACCAGGAGCUCCGCACCCAGGUAGAAGAGCUCAGUAAAAUACUCUAUUGUGGGAGAAAGGAAGAUAAUAAGAAGUCUGAUGUAGAAGUACAAACAGAGAACCACCCUCCUUGGUCAAUCUCAGAUUAUUAUUAUCAGACAUACUAUAAGGAUCUUAGUCUUCCAAAUAAAGAGACAGAACUUUCAGUUCAGCAAGAUCAGAAUAUCGAAGCUUCUACUUAUAAUUUUAAAGACCAGUCACAAAUAGAAAAUGAUGUGUAUGCUGGUACUGAUGUAACGGAAAAGGUUGAAUGUGGACAAGAGGACCAUUUUGCCUCAAAUUCACAGGAGCCAGCAUCUGCAUUAGCAACAGAAGAUGCAUCCUUAGAAGGUUCAUCAUUAGCUGAAAGUUUGAGAGCUGCAGCAGAAGCUGCUGUAUCACAGACGGGAUUUAGUUAUGAUGAGAAUACUGGACUGUAUUUUGACCACAGCACUGGUUUCUAUUAUGAUUCUGAAAAUCAACUAUAUUAUGAUCCUUCCACUGGAAUUUAUUACUACUGUGAUGUGGAAAGUGGUCGAUAUCAAUUUCAUUCUCGAGUAGAUUUGCAACCUUAUCAGACUUCUAGCACAAAACAAAGUAAAGAUAAAAAGUUGAAGAAGAAAAGAAAGGAUCCAGAUUCUUCUACAACAAAUGAGGAAAAGGAUUUGAAUUCAGAAGAUCAAAAAGCAUCCAGUGUUGAACAUAUAAACUGCAGUGAGGGAGAAGAUUGUGCAAAUGUGAAAAAGAAAGCCAAAGUAGAUAUUCGUUACAAAAAUAGUUCCCAUGAAUUCACUGUUCCAGUUAUCGGAAAGACUAUAGAAUUUCCUCUUAAUGAAAACAUCUAUAAUUCGACCUCAUUUAAAGACGAGAAAAUCAUAGAGACUGAUAGUGAGCCAGAAGAAGGUGAAAUUACAGACUCUCAGACUGAGGACAGUUAUGACGAAGACAUUACCAGUGAAGACAAUGUAACUGCAGAAGAUACUGAGGAUGAAGAUGAGGAAAAAAUCUGGCCCCCUUGUAUUAGAGUAAUUGUUAUUAGAUCACCAGUGUUGCAGACAGGAUCACUUUUUAUCAUUACAGCUGUAAACCCUGCUACCAUUGGAAGAGAAAAAGAUAUGGAGCAUACUCUUCGGAUCCCUGAAGUUGGUGUCAGUAAGCCUAAAACUAAAUGUGACCCUUACGUACUUGAGCAUGGAGAUGAAGUGAAAAUUGGAGAGACUGUGUUGUCCUUUCACAUUCACCCUGGCAGUGAUACCUGUGAUGGCUGCGAACCAGGGCAGGUUAGAGCUCACCUUCGUCUUGAUAAGAAAGAUGAAUCUUUUGUUGGUCCAACACUAAGCAAGGAAGAGAAAGAGUUGGAAAGGAGAAAAGAGUUAAAGAAAAUACGAGUAAAAUAUGGUUUACGGAAUACAGACUACGAAGAUGAAAAGGCAUUGAAGAAUCCAAAAUAUAAAGAUAGAGCAGGAAAACGUAGGAAGCAGAUUGGAAGUGAAGGAACUUUCCAAAGAGAUGACGCUCCUGCAUCUGUUCAUUCUGAAAUUACUGAUAGCAACAAAGGUCGGAAGAUGUUGGAAAAGAUGGGUUGGAAAAAAGGAGAGGGCCUGGGGAAGGACGGCGGAGGAAUGAAAACUCCGAUUCAGCUUCAUCUUCGACGAACACAUGCAGGCUUGGGGACAGGUAAACCAUCCUCAAUUGAAGAUGUCCACCUUCUCCAAAACAAGAGCAAGAAGAACUGGGAGAAAGCACGAGAGAGGUUUGCUGAAAACUUCCCAGAAACUAAGCCUCAGAAGGACGCACCAGGGACAGUGCCUUGGGUCAAAGGGACUGUAGAGUGAAGGUCAGUCCUAGAACACAAUUCAAGCUUUUUAACAGAGAGUCUGGAACUUUUCCCUCCAAAAGAGCCAGUGGCAUGAGGGAACCUGUAUCACAAUUUACCCCCUCAUGAUCAGAAAUGUAUAAUAAAGUGUGGUUUGCAGCUUUUAAAAAACAUUUUUUUAAACUAAUAAGUAGUGAAUGAAUCAAGUUAUUUGAUGGGUGGAUUAAAGUUCACAGGGCAUGGAUGAGCUUAUCAAACUUUGUUAUUUUAUCUUGUCAUUUAUAAGACCCACAUAAGUAACUAGCCAUAUCAGCAAAAUUCAUAUCCCCACUAAUGAUUUAAAUGUACAUUUGUCCUUGUCUCCAUAUGUUCAUUAUGUUGAGAAAAUAUGGGUAGAGGUGCAUAAAUUUUAUUUUCCUUGAAAUAACGUUAAGUAAUAUUAUUGAAGAACUAACAAACAGGUGACACGUAGAAAAUUAGUCUUUCAUUGUUUUCUUCUGUGAAGAAUCUGUUGAUUUGUACUAUAUAUUAAGCAUUUACAUUGGUUUGUUUCAUAGAUGAAAUAUUUAGAUAUAAACAAUUGAGUACAGUAUUGAAAUAUUCAUUGUACUGGCAUUUGUAGUUUUGAUAAAUCCCAUUGCUGGCAAUGGAGUUUUGCCAGGUAAAUCUAAUUUCUACUGCCAACAGAUUAUCUAGCCAAGGCCUCAAACUCGAGUAUUUAUUGAAAAUGUUCUCAAAUGCAAUAAAAACAUUAUAACAUCAAAAAGAGU